AUGUUAUCAAACUUUUUAAAAGUUAAUAGUAGAACUAUUGGACCAAUUAGAACUUUUGCCACUAAAAAUGGUGAAGUUAAAAUCACCUUCAAAAAAGCUGAUUCCUACUUAUGCGACGGUCCAGCCAAUACUACUACCACCAAUAAAGAAGAACUCAUGAACUAUUUCACCGAAAUGACCCGUAUGAGAAAACUUGAAACUGUUGCUGAUGGUUUAUACAAAAAGAAAUUAAUUAGAGGUUUCUGUCAUUUAUACAAUGGUCAAGAAGCUGUUUGUGCUGGUUUAGAAUAUUCAGUUACCAAAGAAGAUCACAUUAUUACUGCUUACAGAGAUCACACUUAUAUGUUAUCCAGAGGUGCCACCCCAGAAGAAAUUUUUGCUGAAUUAUUAAUGAAAGAAACUGGUUGUUCAAAAGGUAAAGGUGGUUCAAUGCACAUGUUUACUCGUAACUUUUAUGGUGGUAAUGGUAUUGUUGGUGCUCAAUGCCCAGUCGGUACUGGUAUCGCUUUUGCUCAAAAAUACAACAAAACUGGUAACGUCUGUUUAACCCUUUAUGGUGAUGGUGCUGCCAAUCAAGGUCAAUUAUUUGAAGCCUUCAACAUGGCUGAAUUAUGGAAAUUACCAGUCAUUUUCGUUUGUGAAAACAAUCACUACGGUAUGGGUACCUCACAAAAAAGAGCUGCUGCUGGUCACGAUUUCUACACUCGUGCUCACUAUAUCCCAGGUUUAAAGGUUGAUGGUAUGGAUAUCUUCGCUGUUCGUGAAGCUGGUAAAUACGCUGCUGAUUGGGCUCGUGCUGGUAAAGGUCCAAUGGUUUUAGAAAUGGAUACUUAUCGUUACGUUGGUCACAGUAUGUCUGAUCCAGGUAUCACUUAUCGUACCAGAGAGGAAAUUAACUCUGUUAGACAAAAUAGAGAUCCAAUCGAAAACCUUCGUAAUAUCAUUUUAGCUAAUAAAUUCGCCACUGAAGAUGAAUUAACCACCAUCGAAGAUACUGUUAAACAAGAAAUGGACGUUGCUGCCGAUAAAGCUAUUGCCGCUCCAUUCCCACAAGCUAAAGAACUCUACACCAACGUUUAUAUCCAAGAAGUCCCAAUUAGAGGUGUUGAAUUAUCAAACAGUUUCAAACCAUAA